CAGGUAGGUAGGGGAAAUAAAUACAUAAUAUUGUCUCCUUAUCUAGAGUUACGCUAUUUUAGGACUACAUGUCAUAAAUAUAGAAUCGGGAAUUCCCGGAAAUUUAGCAAUGAGAAAAUCAUGUCUAUUUCACUCUUUGGAGAAACUGUAGAAUCACCUUUCAAAAACGGAACCUCGUCUGAAGGUAAAGAUAGCAGAUGGUGGAAUUGUCAUUUGACGUUACAAGUAUGGGAUGGUAACCGACUGUGUAAUGAAAGAAUCGUUAAAAAGUUACAACAUCAGAAUGGGAUAAUUUUAGGAGCCGUUUGUCGUUGGGCUUCCUCACAAUAUGAUGGGGUAUUGCAAUCAAUUAAAUGUGAAAAUAACUGUUUGAAGUUUAGCUUUGGGAUAUUUUCAAAACGAAAGUACGAAAACUUUUGCCAAUCAUUUCGGAAAAAUGAAAUGGAAUUACAGCGUAUUCUGUUAGAUAAAGAGGUAUUGGAAUACAGAAAUGCGUAUUGCAUAAGAUUACUACAAUGCCAGACUUCAUGUAAUCAUUGUGUGACGGAAGACAAUGGUUGGCAAGACGGAAACGAAAGUGAUGAUUCCGCCCUUUCCUCCCUGGGACAAGUUGAGUGUCGCAGUACUGAGGAAGACAUAUCAACAUAUUCAGAAGAAUGCAAAAACAGUUGCCAACAUCGAAUAGAAGAAAUCAUGCAUGUUGGAUUGAAAGAAGUAAAGGAAAGUAUAAUGCAAAUUCUGAAUGAUAACUUUAAAUCUGUAACACAAAAUAUGCAUGGUGAAUACAUUGGGCUACGUCGCCAGUUGGAAAUGCUAAAUGAAGAUAUGAAACGUAUUGAUGCAAGAAGUGAGCAAAUGUCGAGCGGCAGAUUUCAGCAUGUGUUUCAGAAAGCGGAGCUUUUACGACGCCAAGAAGAAGAGACUUAUUCCAAAAUUGUACAACUUGAAAGCACCACCACAGAGACAAACGCUCUUGUCUAUGAACUUCACCAAAAAGUAGAUUCAUUGAAGAAUGCUGUCCAGCGAGCUUCAGAAAUUCACAAAGAGGAAUCUAAAGACAUGUCCUCUGAAUACACGAGAAUAAAAGAACAAAUAGCUGUGAUUAAUGGCCAAUUAGACGUGCAGGACAAGUCGUUUGAUCUCAAGUCUUGGGCGCAAAAUCCUUCUUCAGACACGUUCACUCUCAAAUCUCAGGAUAAUUUAUUCAAUAGUAAAGAAUCAGAUCUGGUUGAUUCUACGUCAGGCCAGGUAGAUGGUAGUACGUCAGAUCUGUUGAUGACCGCUAAGUCGUCAGAAGUGAUGCGACAAGAAGCAGUUUCUGAAGUUAUGUUUCAGAGAGAAACAAAGGAAACAGGAAGAAGCAGCAUAGGAGUCUUAUCAGCUUGUGAAUAUAACGACAUGAUAUAUCCCUUUUGUCCCGAAGAACAUGGAAUAAAACGAGAAGAAAGCAACAAACGUUUUUCUGUCGAAUCAAACAGAUCACUUUCUCCAACUCUUGAAAAGGCAAUAAAAGAAUACGACAGUGAUAUAUUGGGGUCAGAUGACGAAGAGGAAACAGAAUCACUGGCCGGAAUGAUAACAGAAUCAACAGCCCCGGAAGAUUCUGGGGUUACACAUUCCUAUCAUACUAGUAUUGACACAGACGGAAAUGUUAAGUUUGAUAACGGGAAGUUCUUUAAAAGUGGAUGCACAGUCACACAAUUUGUAGAAGUCACCCCAGAAGACGAUAAAUCAUCAAAAUACUCUCAACCAGAAGAACUGACGAGAUAUUUGAAACAACCAGACAGUACAAAACAUGAUGCCAUUCAGAUCUGCGGAUCCACCACUGGAAACAAUGCCGGUGAGGAAAUCCACCACAGCGAAUGUGACACUGAUGUUGAAGAGACCUUACAAGUCUCUGGUUUGCCUAAAUCUCGACCAGUGGUACGAGCGGUUAAGCAAGCUCUGAAAGUGAACAUGGAGGAAAGUCGCCUACACGGACUUGAUACAAUGCUCUGUGUAGAUGUAUCGGUGAGCAUGACUGACAAAGUUUUUCAACAAGUGCAGUCAACCAUUUUCAGCUUCCUUGAUGUUGUAGAAGAAGUAGCUAUAGAUGAUAGGCUGGAAGAGAACAUCGGACUUGUCAUGUUUGGGAGAGAGACAAAAAUAUCUGUUCAGUUGACAAAUGACUACAGCAAAUUGAGACAUGCAGUUGAAAAUUUGUCACUUGGAGGAACUUCCCCAUUACAUACGGCGCUGUCCCUAUGUCGACUGGAAUUACAGCGGAACGGACAAGCAACACGCAUAUAUGAACACUGUAUUGCGCCGCGAAUCAUUUUGUUUACUGAUGGUCGAGUAACACGAGAUUCCCAGAUGGAUGAAUUGGACAGUGAAUAUGCACCAAAAGAUCCACAGAAAUUUGACGAGAUAUCAUCGUUCGUACAACAGAUGGGAAACGAUGGGUAUCAGUUAUUUACUAUCGGAACAGGACGACAAUCCAACAAGGAGUUCUUAGAGAAGUUAGCAAAUCUAGGAGGUGGAAUGCAUUUUGAAUUGGAAAACGUUUCCUUUUUGGCAAACUACUUUCGAUACCAGUGUAUUGUAGGAAGAGUAAUUCAUAAAUGCAGAGAAUCAGUCGAUGACCCUUGGAGUGUGGACUAUAAAUCCCAGCUUCAACAUUUAUUGCAAACACAAUUGUAUAGGCUUAAUCAGGAUGAUAUUGAUCAGUUGGAGGAAUUGUUACGGUGGUCUGAAGAGUUGGAGGACGUGGAAUAUCCAGGACUGCCAAAACUAGGAUCCCGUGUAAAAACAGUGAGCGGGGAUGUAGGAACAAUUGUCAAGCAUAGAAAACACAAUUGGAUUAAAAUACAGCUUGAUACAGGGCAAAUUUCUUAUUAUCACUUCAUACAAAAUACACACAAUCGAGAAUUAGAAACAAUAGAGGACCCUCGAAGUCACACAGCACAGGGUUAUAUCGAUAUACUCGUGGGCAUGAUGAUAAAUGGAGUUGAUUCAUCCAACAAAGUGGUAAAACGUGGAUAUAUAUACGAUAAAACAGACACAGGUGUUGUGAAGGUGAAGUGGGAAGAUGGAUUCAGAGAUAAAGUAAAUCCCUCUCGUAUCCACCUUCAAGAUCGGAAUCUUUGUGCAGCACUUGAUAGUUGAUCCGCAGACGACAUUAUUACGAAGAAGUACAAAUAUUUUGUGAUUACACAGAUGAAUAGAUCGAUAUAUAUUUUAUAUAUCAAAGUAUUACAUGCAAUAAAAUUAUUAUUUAAAAUCA